UCCACCGCCCCACUCACCACCAUCCCACCUCCAACCUCAAACACGACCGCCUCCACAGCACCAGCACCUCCGACCUCAACCUCGAAUGCACCCUCCUCGACCGCUCCUCCCACUCCAAAAUCAACGAUCGUCACUAUCACCGUCCCACCGAUACGUCCGCCGCAGAGCACUGCCCCCACCAUAGUGCAGUCCGCUACCGGAGCACCUAUGCAAGUACCUUCGAUUGCAUCCUUAAGAACGGCACUUCCACCCGGCUUUCCACCGAUUCCGUUUCCGACUGGAGCACCUGCAGUGCCGAUGCCACCGAUGCCACGUCCGAUGGGCUUACCAACUCUUCGGUACGUCAGAGUGAUGUGCUGGAUACUUGAAAUGGUAUCGAAAACAUUGGGUUAUUGCGACGAGGAUAUGCCGCCUGUCGCCGUGCCCAUAAUUCCAGUCCCAGUCAUUCCACAACCACCGAUGAGCACCGUUCCAGUGAAUGUGCCUUUGCCGAGCACUCCAGCCACCAUACCGCAACCUCUGAACGCCAAUAUCGUCCCACCACUCCCGACUGGAGGGGCACCGUCGCAGCAGCAGUCUGAUGGUGCACCACCGGCCAAAAGAGCUAGAACUGAGGAUGAUUUGGAGAGUGAAGCGGACUGGCUUGCGAAGGUGUCUGGAUCGAUAACGAUCAACGUGCAAACACCGACCAAUUCAUCGAAUCCGGAUUGGAAACUCGAUGGAAAGAACUUGAGCGUGUCGUUGGAUGUGGCUGCGCCGGUAUCCUCUCUGAAGAGUGCAAUACAAGACCAGACUGGUUUGCCGGGAUCGAAACAGAAACUUACAUUUGAUGUUUGU